AAUUUUGUUUUCUUUUUAGUUUUAAUUUUGAUUGCUGUUACUACUGAAACCUGGGCCAAAGUGGUGAUGCUGCCUGAGGGAAAUUUCUGCAACCCCUAAGUCAACACUUACACGUUACCUAGUACCCUGACUGAUCCUCUUUGAUGGUGAUCGUGUUUUAUUGUGGGAAUAUGUUCAGAAGAAUGGAACUCAUAGGAUGCCAGACUUGAUUCGAGGUCGGAUUGUGAGCCAUGCCUUUAGUGAAGCGGAACAUCGAACCCCGGCACCUGUGCCGGGGCGCCCUGCCCGAAGGGAUUACCAGUGAACUUGAAUGUGUAACCAAUAGUACGCUUGCUGCUAUCAUACGCCAGCUAAGCAGUCUAAGCAAACAUGCUGAAGACAUAUUUGGUGAGUUGUUUAAUGAAGCUAACAACUUUUACAUCAGAGCAAAUUCUCUUCAAGACAGAAUUGAUCGCCUUGCUGUCAAAGUUACCCAGCUGGAUUCGACAGUGGAAGAGGUGUCACUGCAGGAUAUCAACAUGAAAAAAGCUUUCAAAAGUUCCACAGUCCAAGACCAGCAGGUAGUUUCGAAGAACAGCAUUCCUAAUCCUGUAGCUGACAUCUACAACCAGAGUGAUAAACCACCUCCUCUGAACAUUCUGACACCGUACAGAGAUGAUAAAAAGGAUGGGCUGAAGUUCUAUACUGAUCCUUCCUAUUUCUUUGACCUCUGGAAAGAAAAAAUGCUACAGGACACAGAAGACAAAAGGAAAGAGAAAAGGCGUCAAAAGGAGCAAAAGCGUAUAGAUGGCACAACCCGUGAGGUGAAAAAGGUUAGAAAAGCCAGAAACAGGCGCCAGGAGUGGAAUAUGAUGGCAUAUGACAAAGAGCUCAGACCCGACAACAGGUUGUCUCAGAGUGUGUACCACGGAGCGUCUUCCGAGGGAUCCCUGUCCCCAGACACUAGGUCUCACGCAUCGGAUGUCACAGAUUACUCGUAUCCAGCGACUCCCAACCAUUCUCUGCACCCGCAGCCCGUCACCCCUUCCUACGCAGCAGGUGACGCGCUGCCCCUUGGGCCGGCCAGCCAGGCCCCCGAGCAUGAGUACCGACCCCCCUCUGCCUCGGUGAGACACAUGGCCCUGAACAGACCUCAGCAGCCACCUCCACCACCCCCACCACAGGCCGCAGAGGGGUCCCAGGCCUCGGCACCCAUGGCUCCAGCAGACUAUGGGAUGCUUCCAGCCCAGAUCAUUGAAUAUUACAACCCCUCGGGACCACCUCCGCCCCCUCCACCCCCCAUGAUCCCUUCAGCACAAACUGCUUUCGUCAGUCCUCUCCAGAUUCCCAUGCAGCCCUCCUUCCCAGCAGCAGCUGGGUCCUCCUACCCAGCGCCUCCUCACCCGCCCUCCACUGGGCUGGUGGUCACAGCCCCGCCUCCUCCGGGCCCCCCACCUCCCCCGCCAGGCCCUCCUGGCACAAGCUCUUCUCUCUCAUCCUCCCCCAUGCAUGGCCCUCCAGUAGCUGAGGCAAAACGACAAGAAACUGCACAACCACCCAUAAGCGAUGCUCGCAGUGAUCUUCUUGCCGCUAUUCGAAUGGGAAUUCAGCUGAAAAAAGUACAAGAGCAGCGUGAGCAAGAAGCCAAGCGCGAGCCGGUUGGGAAUGACGUGGCCACGAUCCUGUCCAGACGCAUUGCCGUGGAGUACAGCGACUCGGACGACGACUCGGAGCUGGAUGAAAAUGACUGGUCUGACUGAGGUGGCAGGGGACAGCCUGGCGAGGAGGCUGGUGGCCAGCCAGGAAACCGUGUGUCGGAAGUGUAUUGAAAAUUUUAAGUGAUCUCAACACCCAAAUAGUGGUAUUAUAAUCCUGUAGCUUAGCAACUUUUGUAUUAAUAAUGUGAUAAUUGCUUUUGCACAUCCAAAACUUCUGGGUUCUUUCAGUAUUUACUGUGUAAUACUUAAGUGCCACUACACAUAGAAAAUCGUGCUGCACCUGAGGAAAUAACGCUGUAACUAUUGCAUUGUCCUGAAAACAGCAUUUUGCUUCCUUUUUCCUGGCCAUGAAAGUGUUCAGUGCAGUUUGGGUUUACUCGUACCUUACAAUUCUGCAGACUUGCUGUGUGUUUGUGAAGCUGCUUAGUGUUAGGCCUCAGCAAGAUUAAUGACUACGCGUUGAUGUCUUCCAAUCAGUAAGUGAUACUGUUUUAAAUUUUUGUGUGUGUUUCAGAAGAGAGAAACAUUUGGUUAGAGAGAAAGAUUUAACAAGUAAGGAGAAUCAAAUGCUUCUGCUUUCAUUUUCUUGGAGUGGUACAUUCUGUGAACUUGAAUGUUUUGUUGAAUAAUUUCAUUGCCUUUGCACGCUCAUAAAAGGUGAAAUUGGAAGGGCCUUUUCAGCAGGCGUCCGGUGGGCAUUUAGUCAGUGCUUGUGGAUGCUUUUUGUAAGAGGUAAGCAGCACAGUCGUAAUAAACAUGAAGAACAGGGUUCUUUUUCCUUCCGGGGCUAUUGGCGAUGACACUCAAAACAUUCGACCACCCUUCUGUGUGGGCACCAGCCAGGUUGAGUGGUCUGGGAGCCACGGCCUCGCCGGGUAGAGCUGCUGGGUGUGGGCUCUGAGUGCGAAGGAGACCUUCGCCUUUUGCUUCCCGGGAGCCCGGGCCUAAGUGAGCUCCUCUGUGCGUUCCAGAUGGCACCCCGCUCCCCUUGGUCUGAACUUCAAAAGCCUAGGUGUAGGCGAAUGCAGUUGUUGAGAGCUCUUUGCUUUUCCUGUGCUGUGGCCAGGUUAGGGACCCAUCACAGGAGCGGGCUUUCGCUCUGGCCUGGAAGCAUGAGGUUCUCUCCUCACAUUGUCAGCACAUGACAUUUUAAAACACCUCAGGUUAGAUUAGACCUGCAGCUGUAGCAGGUCACGUUCCUUUACCCUUUCCCUCCCUGCUUUUCUCCCCACACCGUCCCAUGGGGUUCAUAUUCCUGGUGAAGGCACACCGUGGGGAGACUCAUGAAUGAGAGCUUGUGCUCCGUCAUUUUGGAUGCAGGAUAACUGCUCGUCCAGCAUACACAAACACCCAGGCUUUGACUAUAAAUAAGACAGCACAAAACACUAAGACACUUUACUUCCUAAGGGAUUUGUGCCAAGGCCCCACAUUUCAAACAGUGGCGGGUACUAGUGACGCUCAGACGUGGCGAAGGAAUCUUUAGCUGAAGAGUUGUUUGGGUUGAUGGCAGGAAUGUAAACAGGACUGUAGCUGGCAGAGUUGUGCUAACAAGUUCAUCUGAGGAAAUCAGCCGGCCCCGAAAGCAUGUCUGUGUCCCGAGUGGACAUUGGCGUGGCUUGUACGCGGUCCUCAUAGAAGGCCUGUCCGUUGGGUUUCAGUCACAUAAAUUUUGAAACUCUGAAAGCCUCAUGUCUGCACCCCCUUUCGAAGACCGUGCUUAUGCCAGGUCGUCGAGUCUUUUCAUCGGCACAUGCUUCUUGAGGUUCUGUUUCUUGGAGCUAGUCACCAUUUGGCUCUCAGCAUAAUUUUAUUAAAUAGAAGAAAUAAUUUAUUAACCUUUAAUUUCUUUCUUUAAUUUCUCCUUUUUUUUCAAUGUAGAGGCCUACUCUCUUAGCAUUAUUCUUGGACUUUUCAUUUUUUUAGUCUUAUUUUGUCUUUAUUACAGUAUUUUGUUUUGUUUUUUUGUGCUUUGGAUUAGGGGUAACCUGUGUAAUUCUAGCACUCACAUUUGGUGAUGCUUCUUUGUUUCUCCUGUCCUUUCUGUUCUCAGGAUGGAGAAGAUACAUAAAGCUACUAUCUACUAGUAAGUAAGGAUUUCUUCUGUUUAGAGCUCAUUACCAUGAAAUCAGUAAUACUUUAUUCAUAAAUAUUCAUAAGCCUAUUAGUUAUUAGUUGCCUGUAGUUUAAUCAGUAAGUUAUUUUCAACUUGAUUUUCUGUAGUGAAGAAGCUUUUGCCCUGAUGUGUAAUGUAGCCUUCAAAAGAAUGGAAAAGGACUAAAAUUCAACUUAGAUUAUUUUUGCAGUAUUUUUCUCAAUAAAUUUGAUUCUAAAAUUUAAAUUUAGACUUUUUCUAACAUGGUAUUACAUGAAAAGGAAAAAGUGAAUAUUUUGAAUUUUCAGUUUUCAUUUUCAAGAAGUAUUUACUAAGACAAAUGGAGAAGAACAUUUAAAAGCUUACUUCAUACCUAUGUAUUUUGCAUUGUAAAGUAGUUAUAUAUUAUUGUAAGGUUAUUUUAAAUUAUCCCCAGUCUUCCCCCAUGUAUAUUUUAGUUUAAUAUUUUACAAGCUUUCUUUCAUAUUAAUAGGUUAGGCAGAGGGGAUGAGAAGAUCAGUCAGUGUCACACAUUAGCGACACAAACACGAUAUCGUUGAUUUUCUGUUGUUAGCCCAAAACCACACCAUAAGAUUUUGUACCCUUUAAUUUUUCUUUAGGAAAAGUAUACUGUUAAAGAAUUGACAUUUUCAUUUUAGUAAAUGUUUAGAAUAUCAAAAUCUUUUCUUAGCACCCAGUGGCUAGGUUGUGAAAGUUUUGUAAUAAUUUGCAAUUGAAAUACAUGAUACAUUUUAAUCCAUUAAAGGCUAGUGGGACUGUAUCAGCCAGAGUAACAAGGACUUUUUGUGUUCUAUUCAGAGUAUCUGUCAUCCUGCACUGUUACCAAUGCUAUUGUAAAUUAAAUUUAAAGUGGUCUUAAAAAAAUUCCUGUUAAACAAUUUUUAUCUGUUUGUAUAUCUUACUAUAGAUUAUGUACAAGUAACAUCUAAAUAAAAUUACACUUUUAACCCUAAAA